GCGCCGUGGCAAAUCAGUCGAACAAAUACGCGAGUGUUGUAGGCAAAUAUUAAUUAAAAAUUUGUUGAAAAAAAUAUAUAUUACAAUUAUAAAAAAAAUCGUUGUCGUAAAAAAUGUUCAUCUUAAGUGUGUUAUAUGGCUUAGGACGCGCGCUAACCGCGCGUAAUCUAACCGAGAUCCUGGCCACGCUGGCGUUCAUCUGCUGUGCGCUCUACCUUUGGUUACAAUAUCAAUAUUCAUAUUGGCGUCGCCAUCGUAUACCUUACAUUGAACCCUCGCUGCUUUUCGGUAAUCUCAAAGGUAUUAUCAAGUCCGAAGUGGAUUCUUGUGCCUUGUUCCAGCAUUUGUAUCGGCAUGAGAAAGCUAAAGAUCAUCCAGCAGUCGGUAUUUAUGUCAUGAAUAAACCAUCGCUGCUAAUACGCGAUCUGGAGUUGAUCAAAGCGAUUAUGAUUAAGGAUUUUAAUUAUUUCUCCGAUCGUCAUGCGUCUUCGGAUCCGCAUUCCGAUUCGUUGGGUUCAGAUAAUUUGUUUUUCACUAAGAAUCCGAAAUGGAAGGAGAUACGCGUUAAGUUGACGCCAGUUUUUACCAGUGGCAAAAUGAAACAACUAUUUCCACUUAUUGAGGAGGUCGCACGUGAAUACGAAAAGUAUCUACACGCAUUGGAAGUGGAUCCGAAGACUAACACCAAAAUACUCGAAGUAAGGGAAGCGAAUGCGCUCUACACAACCGAUGUGAUAGCGAUCACAGCCUACGGCGUACAAGCAAAUAGUCUCAACGAUCCAAAUGGUAUUUUCCGUAAGAGAGGCAAAGAAGUUUUCACUUUCACUUGGUUACGUUCCUUGGAGUUCAAAGCGAUCUUUUUCCUACCCAUUGUUGUUAAGCUUUUUCGCUUCAAAGUCUUCUCGAAGGAGACCACGGUCUUUUUGCGCGACUUAAUCAAUCAUGUGAUGGACGAACGCAUUCGAACGGGUCUGGUGCGCAACGAUCUAAUCGAUGUGUUGAUUAAAUUUAAACAGGAGGCCGAAGAAGAGCUGAAAGAGGGUAAGAAGCCAUUCAUUUUGGAAAGAGAUGCUUUGGCGGCGCAAGCGGCCAUUUUCUUUACGGCCGGCUUCGAAACUACAUCUUCCGCAAUGUCUCUUGCUAUGUUCGAGAUGGCGCAUAAUCAGGAAGUGCAACGACGUUUACGUGCAGAAUUACUUGAGGCAUACAAGAUUAAUGAUGGCAAAAUAACCUACGAAAUGUUGAUGAGUCUGAAGUACAUGGAUAAUGUAUUGAAAGAGGUAUUACGCCGUUAUCCAACAUUGCCGUUUCUCGAGCGCGUAUGCACACCGAAAGCUGAUGAAACUGGUUAUUCUUUGAAAGCUUUUGGUAUGGACUUUACGGUGCCGCGUACUAUGCCGGUCUACAUGCCAAUUCAAGCUAUACACAUGGAUCCGAAGAAUUUCAAAGAUCCCGAAACAUUUAAUCCCGAUCGUUUUCUACCCGAAAACAAACAUGAGAAUAAUAUGAAUGCCUAUAUGCCUUUCGGCAUUGGACCACAUAAUUGUAUCGGUGAGCGCUUCGCAAUGAUGCAAACGAAGUUGGGGCUACUCUACUUUUUCCGUAAUCACUAUGUCACAACAUGUGAAAAGACGCCGACGAAAAUACUUUUGGAGCCACGUGCCGUCAUCUUAAAGGCUAUGUGUGACAUACAACUGAAACUCGUGCCUGAUCCAUUGUUUCAAAGCGCAAUGUGGUUGGAAAGUUUACUGCUCUUACUGCUCCUUAUCGGUUUGGUAUAUGCUUGGUUGCGCUAUCGCUAUGAUUAUUGGAAGCGUCACCAGGUUACGCAUUUGACGCCCACAUACGGUGUGGGCAAUUUAGGUGGUUUAUUUUCAAUGCAACGUAGUCCAGCGGAGUUUGUGCAGCGUCUCUAUGAUCAUCCGGAAGGUCGGAAUGAACCUUUCGUCGGCAUACAUGUCUUCACACAACCGGCGCUUUUGUUACGUGAUCCUGAACUUGUGAAACGGAUUUUGGUGAAGGAUUUCUCAAAGUUUUGCGACAGAUUUUCAAACUCUGAUUACAAAGGCGAUCCGUUGGGUUCUUUAAAUAUAUUCUUUCUACGUAAUCCUGCCUGGAAGGAGGUGCGUUUCAAGUUGUCGCCGUUCUUUUCCAGUGGCAAGCUCAAACAUAUGUUUCCUUUGGUGGAAGAGGUCGGUCGCGAGCUGGACAAAUAUUUGCUCUCUCAAACAGUUGAUUGCAACGAAACACAAUCAUUCAUGAUGGAAAUGAAAGAGCUGUGCGCACUCUACACAACGGAUGUGAUAGCAACUGUCGCUUACGGCGUACAGGCGAACUGUUUCAAGCAACCGAAUGGCGAAUUUCGGCGGCAUGGUCGCGCGGUAUUCAAGUUCAGUGUGCGCCGUUCAUUAGAAUUUAUGGUUGUAUUCUUUAUGCCACACUUAGUACCCUAUUUGGGCUUCAAAGUUGUGCCGCCAACCUCUACGGACUUCCUACGUGCCACAAUCACCUACGUGAUGGAACAACGUGAAUUGUCGGGCAAAAAACGUAAUGAUCUGAUAGAUAUACUUAUUGAAUUUAAAAAUUCGACAAGAAAUAAAAAAUCUGCCAGUGGACUCGUCUAUGAGGGUGAUAUUUUAGUAGCGCAAGCGGCGCUCUUCUUUACAGCCGGUUUUGAGUCAUCUUCGGCGACAAUGUCCUUUGCACUGUACGAGCUGGCAAAACGUCCCGACUUACAGCAGCGCGUACGUGACGAAAUCGCCGCCGGUCUAGAGCGCACCGACGGUAAAGUGACAUACGACUUUAUUGAAUCAUUAGAGUAUAUGCAAAUGGUAAUCGAUGAGGUGUUGCGUCUAUAUCCACCGCUACCGUUUCUCGAUCGACAAUGCACCGCGUCGUUGGAGGAAGGCGGUUACUCCUUGGAACCGUUUCACAAGUAUCGUUUGCCACACGGUAUGCCCGUUUACAUACCGGUUUAUGGACUACAUAUGGAUCCGAAGUACUACCCCGAGCCAACAAAAUUCGAUCCAGAGCGUUUUGCACCACACAACAAAAAGCUACUGACACCUUACACUUAUAUGCCCUUUGGACUGGGUCCGCACGCCUGUAUUGGCGAACGUUUCGCUAUGUUACAAACCAAAAUCGGACUCACCUAUUUUCUACUUAACCACAAAGUGACGACUUGUGCGCGCACCAAGAUUCCCAUGCAGCUGGAUCGCAAAGCGGUUGUGAUACAGGCCGAAGGCGGUAUCUAUUUGAAUGUUGUGCGUAGUCCGUUGGGUGAGCGUAUAGAGUGAUCUGCGUAUAUUAGC